ACCGAUAAAUUUCAAGUAGGCAAAGCAAGGAUUUAUAACUAAUAUAUAUACGUUAUUGUGCAAAUAUCUGGAGGAAUCAAGAUGGCCAGGUAAAAAGCAAUGGUUUUCAGUACUAACAUAUCCAUAGCUUUGCUUGUUAUCGUCAUUACGUAUCUACUAUGGAGAAUCAGAGCAUUUAUAAUCAGAUACAGACAGUGGCGAACAGCAACAUAUGGACAAAGUAUUACAAUUCUUGGUCCGCUUCAUCCUAUAUGGGGCACUCUUCAUUUGAUACAUGAUCUAGCUUCAUAUUUCAAACUCCUUAGAAAGAUAGUUGAGAAGGAAAGACCCAAGGUUUAUGUUGCUUGGAAUAUGUUUUUCUACCCGAGUUUUGGGGUCUGUCAUCCGGACUCGGCACAGAUACUUUAUAAGUCAUCAGCACCAAAGGCGUAUGCCGUUGGAGGGGCCUACAGAUAUCUGAGAGAUUGGAUAGGCGACGGUUUGCUGAUAUCUGAUGGAAAGAAAUGGGAAAGGAAUAGACGACUUUUGACCCCAGGCUUCCAUUUUGAAAUACUAAAACCAUACGUCAAAGUAUAUAACAGUGUUACGGAUGUAUUUCUUGAAAAAUUGAAGGUUAAUGCUAAAAGUGGCGAGGCAAUAGACAUAUUCCCGCGUGUAGCUUUUGCAUCUUUAGACACAAUAUUAAGAUGCGCCUUUUCAUACCAAGGAAACAUACAAGAUCAAGGAUCUAAACAUCCCUACGUAAAUGCUGUAAACAGAUUGUCAUAUUUAACGUUGUCUAGGUGCCUAAAACCUUGGUAUCAAAUUGAUUUUAUCUAUCGAUUUUCUAACGAAAGAAAAGAACUGAAACAGCUAUGUGAUUAUUCACACGAAUUUUCAAAUGGAAUUAUAAAAGAAAGAAAGCAGACUCUAAAGAAAGAAGGCCAACCGACAAAGCGUCAUCUUGAUUUCCUUGAUAUACUUCUUACAGCCAAAGAUGAAAAUGGAAUAGGACUGUCUGACGAAGAUAUAAGAGCGGAAGUCGAUACUUUUAUGUUUGAAGGUCAUGAUACCACUGCUUCUGCAAUUAGCUGGUCUAUAUACUGUUUGGGGAAAUAUCCAGAAGAGCAGGAAAUAGUAUUUACAGAAAUAUCAGAGCUACUAGUAGAUAAACCAGAGGUAACAUGGGAAAAUCUUCAGGAGAUGCCCCACCUUACAGCAUUUGUGAAAGAAUCAAUGAGGAUGUUUGCACCAGUGCCAGGAACAGCCCGACUACUGACUUCUCCGAUGAAGUUUGGUGACAUAAUUGUACCAGCUGGUGUUCAGAUAGAUAUUAGUAUUCAUUCGAUUCAUCAUCAUCCGGAUGUUUGGCCUGAACACGAUGUAUUUAGACCGGAGAGAUUUUUACAGGACGAUAUAACUGAUAGACAUCCUUACAGCUACAUACCAUUUGCUGCUGGAUCAAGGAACUGUAUUGGACAAAAUUUUGCAAUGAACGAAAUAAAAGUUAUUAUCAGCAGAUUAGUUCAGAGAUAUAAAGUAUCACUAGUAGAUGGUCAUAAUUAUGAUAUAAAUCCAGAACUCGUCAUGAGGGCAACAAAUGGAAUCAAAGUAAUAUUGGAAAAUCGAUAAAUGGAGAAUUGUGGCAAAUCGCGAAAAGAUAUUGGAACUUUAAACUAGUAUAAUUUUUACCCAAAUGAAAUACCGAAACAUAAUUGUCUUAUGAUCAACAGAGAUACUUUCACUUUCUAAAUGUAUUCCCCCCACCCUAAAGUAAUUCUCAACUAAUUUACCAGAAAUUCUUAUGUAAAGUGUAAAAAUGCAGCAUUGUUUUUUUUAUUUUUCUAUCUAGGAUAUGAUAGUUUGUAAUGUGCUAAGUUUGCCACAUUUUUUAAUUGGAGUUAUGCUAUGUGUGCAGUGAAUUAUAGCACAAGAGAAGACUACAGUUUGGAAUUGCCUAAUUCAUGAUACGACAGAUUAGUUUAUGUAUACCAAAUAAUGCAACAGACAUCUACAACAUUGUACAAGUUAACAUUUGAGUGUUUAAUUCAGCUAAAACUUUGUUUUUUCGCCAGAAUGAUCUAUUGAUUAUAUAAAAUUUCCGUAUUCAACAACAGAAAGUUUACAUACAGAAUGUCAAUUUCUUAAUUUAAGCGUAAAUAGUUGUAUACAGAUAUAUAUCAUAAAUCAGUCAAACACA